AUGUCUGGACGUGGAAAAGGAGGCAAAGUCAAGGGAAAGGCAAAGUCCCGUUCGAGCCGCGCUGGAUUGCAGUUUCCAGUCGGUCGUAUUCACCGUCUACUCCGAAAGGGCAACUAUGCUGAGCGUGUUGGAGCCGGUGCUCCCGUCUACCUGGCUGCCGUGAUGGAGUAUCUGGCCGCUGAAGUUCUCGAGUUGGCAGGAAAUGCCGCUCGUGACAACAAGAAAACCCGAAUUAUCCCACGUCACCUGCAGUUGGCCAUCCGCAACGACGAAGAGCUGAACAAACUUCUUUCCGGAGUGACCAUCGCUCAGGGUGGUGUCCUGCCAAACAUCCAGGCCGUCCUGUUGCCCAAGAAGACCGAAAAGAAGGCCUAAAUUCGAUCGAAGUUUCCACCCUUUAACAAAAUCCGUCCUUUUCAGGACGACCAAUUUGAUGGUAAAGAGUUUCGUUUUCAAAACAGUUUCCUUCGUGGUGCGCAAGGAGUGAUAAAAUGAAUCCAUUAAAAACAUGGUUGAAUCUUUCUGUCAUGCUCUCCCUAGUUAAUCGAUAUCCUCAUCGAGUAAGUUCGAUGAUGGUUGAUUAGUGAA